AUUCAAAUAACAAGUAUAAUUGAAAGAACUGUUGCUGUUCAAUGAGUUUGCGUAAAAUAUUUCCACAUUUCGCACGGUCUUAUCAGGAUGCCUUAAAUGAAUUGAAUAAAUCUAUUAAAUCAUCAAAUCAUUAUUUAAUCUGUUCAAAUCAAAAGUUUCUAAGACAGCAAAGACAUGGGCUAUCUUCAAUAUAUUGUUAUGCUAUGGGAAUAGAAUGUUUUAUCCUUUAGGAUUGUCAUUUCAAUGAUUUACGUGUUAUACACGUUACAGGAUCUAAAGGAAAAGGUUCAGUGUGUUCAAUGAUUGAAAAUGUUUUACGCCAGUCUGGACUACGUACAGGUUUUUUAAGCUCUCCUCAUCUUGUAAAUAUCGAAGAAAGAAUACGAAUUAACGGAAAGCCUAUAUCUCGUGAUCAUUUUGCAAGUGUGUUUUGGAAUGUACAUGAUACACUUAAAGAAUUCACGAAAAAUUCACCUGAUACACCAGUACCAUCGUUUCUUCAUUAUAUUUUCGUAAUGGCAUGUAAAGCAUUUAUUGAUGAAAAAGUGGAUGUUGGCAUUUUUGAAGUUGGUAUUGGUGGGCGGUAUGAUCAUACGAAUGUAUUUAAGCAACCUUAUGUAACUGUUGUGACAAGUUUGACGCUAGAGCAUACUGAUAUUCUGGGUGAUACUCUUUCUGAGAUAGCAUGGAGAAAAGCUGGGAUUUUCAAGCACGGUUCCAGUGCAGUAAUUGGUCAUGACCAGUCGGAGGAGGCGAUGAAUGUAUUUGUCAAAGAAGCUGAACAAGUAGGAUGCCCGUUGUAUAUUGCUCCGAAAUUGGAUGAUUUGCUAACCGAUUGCAGUAUGAUCGAAUCAACUAGGACUGUGUUUAGCAAUACGAAAUUGACAGAUAGUCAAUUGAUAAAUCUUAGUGUCAGUUUGUCUGCUGUCAGUCUUUGGCUUGAAAAGGUAAACGGCAUUAAUGGUCCAUGCAAAAGUAUCGGUUUACAACCUACAUUGGUUUUGAAACCUGAUUCAACUAUGUUAAAAGAUGCUUUAUCUGCCCGUUGGCCAGGUCGUUGGCAAAUUGUAUUCAGAAAGAAUAUAACCUACUUCCUGGAUGGUGCGCAUACUGUGGAAAGUUUACAAUCUGCAAUUCACUGGUUUCAUAGUCAAAGUUUAACGAAGUAUAAUGUUGGACCUACUGUACGAAUUCUAAUUUUCACUGUAAUUGGACCGCGUGAUCCGAAAUCAUUUCUACAAUAUUUAUGGUCUUGCACACCUUCAUUCGACAUGAUCGUUUUUACUGAUCCUCAUGAUGGUCAAUUUGAUAUUCUUCCUAGCAAAGAAUCACAUGAUGAAUUAUGCUUUAAGAUUUGGUCUCAGUUAAAAUCGGAGUCGAACAGUACAGAAAAAGCGUCGUGUCAAACUGUCUUCAAACAUAUGAAAUCUAUAUCUGACUUCUUGAAUUGGCUUCAUCAAAAGGAAUAUUUCUCUAUCGAAGAUUUACAAUCGUAUUCACCUAAUCAAUUAAGCAUAUCAGAUAAUCUUGUUGAGGAUAAUAGUACUGCACCCUAUUGUCAUAUAUUUGUCACUGGUAGUUUGUAUAUGGUUGGUCGGAUAUUGAAGGAAAUAAAAGAACCUGUGUAAAAAUGUCUCAGUGAUUGUCUACAGUUCACUGAAAUUCAGAUUAAUGUAUAUUUAAUUUAACCUCGGAAUGUGUGUGUGUAACUAUUUUUUGGGCUUAUUCUCUUGCAUUAUUCAGCUUGAAAUAAAUCGGUGGAGUGUAACUAACUGUCCAAUAGCAUACCUACCUCACUUCAUUGAUAAUUUCAACACAACUCCUAUUUUUAUGAAGAAUGUUUCAAUUCUUGAGUCAUUUUAAUGUACAGUAUCUUUGUAAUAAUCUAUUGAAUAGAUCGUUUGAUUUGUAAACCUUAA